AUGUCCAGCACCUACACCAAGGCCUCCAGGCCAGCAGUGGCCCACGGCAUGGUGGUCAACUCGCCCUCGGACCCGUUCCUCGCCCAAUACAUCAAGACCCCCAACCUCAACUCCAGCUUGAACAACCACCAGCUCUACUUCAACUCCAUCAACCAGCAUCGUAAAAUCAAGCUGAUCGAGAUAUACCAGAAGUACUUGAUAAACACCACCCCCUACGUUGUGCCCCAUUUCAAGCCCAAAAGCCCCAUCUCGGCCGCUGUCAAGGUAACCAGAGUAUCCCCUGUGCAGCACCAGCGUAAGCAAGACGUACCUCAGAUAGAGGAGAAAGCUCCGGUCAAGACCAAGCCAGCAUCUCCACUCCAGGUCAUCAAGAAGCACUUGCCAGCAGAGUUUAUGGACUGUCCUAUCGAUGACUUGAUCACCCUCAUCACUAGGAUGAUGCUGUCUUUGAUUUCCUUGAACGACAAAUCAGUACCAGCCUCUAUUUCCAAGCCAUCUACAUCUUCAUCUUCGUCAUCGUCCAAUAGCCUAUUAACGAGAUACCAUUCCAGAACACCUCCAUCAAUUUCCACCCAUACCUAUCUCACCAGAUUGACCAAGUUCAACAACUUCAACGCAGCAACUUUGCUCACCACCAUAUACUACAUCGAUCUUUUGUCACAUCAGUAUCAACCUUUCUUCACGCUUAACUCAUGGACGGUACACAGAUUCCUCUUAGUGGGCACCAUGCUCGCUCAAAAAUCGAUGGAAGACUUCUUUUACACAAAUGAUCACUAUGCCAAAGUUGGUGGUGUUGCCAUCUCCGAGCUCAACUGUUUGGAGCUCGAUUUCCUUGAGAGGGUGGACUGGAGGUGUAUGCCUGGAAAGCAUCUUGACACUCCUGGAGAAAGCUCCAUAAAAUAUGCCAAGGAUGUUUUGAAUUUGUACUACAGCCAAUUAAUUGAGUUAAUGGGCAAAAACCUCACAACUGCUUCUGGUUCCCGCGGUAACAUACAUAUUCACUACUUGCCAGGCACUUCGGCUACAUCUAGUCCCACAAAGCAGAUAACACCUGCUUAUUCCGGAGACUCAAAUGAUGAUAGUGGUUUUGAUGAGGAUGAAGUCAUAGAUGACACUGAUUACGAUUCUAAUGAGGAUGAAGAUGACGAUGAUUACGGAGUCGAUGAUGAGGAAGACGUUGACGUCGAUGUCGAAGACUCCGAUGCUGAUCAAGUGGUCAGUUUUGAUGCCAUCACAGGUGCUUCCUUGAAAAAGUACAACUCUCGUGGUUACAGCAAUGAUGGUUCAUCUUCACCUCAUCUUAAACGUAAGCGGUACGACGGCUUAUAA